AUGUUACUAUUCAUGGAGAUACUGUUAAUAGUAUUGCCUAAAAUGAUGUGCAAGAGUCCUAUCCUUCAAUGUGACUUUCGGGAGCCUCUUCCUAUUCGGCACACCUAUCAUCAGCUUGGAGAUAUUAACAUUGCUGGCAUUAUUUCGGCAUUUGUGAUAUUUUCUGACCCCAUUAAGUUAACUCAACAUCCUUCACAGGCAUUUCAUGAGGGAUUUCUAAUAUUUUUUCAGAAUUACCAGCAUAUCCUGGCUUUAGUGUUUACUGUAAAAGAGAUAAAUGAAAAUCCCCAGAUCCUACCCAACAUCACGCUGGGCUUCCACAUUUUUAACAGCAAUUUUAGUCCAAGCCAGACUUUCUUUGCCUCAAUGCUUCUACCUUUCACUCAGGACAAAUUCAUCCCUAACUACAAGUGUGGGAUCACAAAUACCUUGGCUGCAGUCAUUGGGGCACCUGACAUGUCUCUUCACAUGGCAACUGUAUUGGGAAUCUACAAAGUUCCUCAGUUGACCUAUGGCUCUGCUCCAGUCAUAGAUAAAGAGACUCAAGCAGUUUUCUUCCAACAAAUGUUUCCAAAUGAAUCCCACCAAUGUAAGGGCCUCCUGCAGUUAUUGCUGCAUUUUAGAUGGAUCUGGAUUGGAAUUCUUGUAGUAAAGGAUGAGAAAGGAGAGAAAUUCCUCCAAGAGGUACUCCCCACAUUUUCUGAGCAUGGCAUCUGCAUUGAAUUCAUAGCAGAAUUCCCAAAUGGAGCUUUUUACAGUGAUUUGGCUGAAACCAUAGAUGAAGUGCUACAUAUAUACCAUGUUCUCAUGAACAGCACAGCCAAUGUGAUAAUUUUAUAUGGUGAAAUUCAGUCCUUAACAGUUCUGAGAAGUAUCCUCCGGUUUUCAGAAGUGGAUGAUAUACCAAAGAAGGAUAAGAUUUGGCUUAUAACUGCUCAAACAGAUUAUACUUCAACUUCCUUUCAUAAAUCUUGUGAUAUAAAUUUUCUGCACGGUGCUUUAUCCUUUGCAGUUCACACAAUGGAAAUCCAAAACUUCCAGGAAUUUCUUCAAAAUCUAAAUCCAAGCAACAAUCAGAAUGAUCAUUUUCGGAAAGGUUUCUGGGAACAGGCAUUCAGUUGUUUCUUCCCAAACUCAAAAAUGGAGGAGUCUGAGAAGAAAUGCACUGGACAGGAGAAGCUUGAAACCCUUCCUACAUCUGUGUUUGAAACAAGCAUGAGUGGCCAGAGUUAUAAUAUUUACAAUGCGAUGGUUGCUGAACAAGCAGUCAUUAAACAAUCAACACCUGUACAUAAGGGUUGCUAUGCUAUCUCAGUUAUUGUUGUUGCUUUAUUGCCCUUUAAUCCUUCACCCCCUCCACUUCUGGCCUUUAAUGGCAGGAAUCAGGUUCAUUCUUUUCUGAGAAGUGUCAGAUUCAACAACAGUGUUGGUGAAAAGAUCUCCUUUGAUACAAAUGGAGAAUUCAUUGGUGGAUUUGAUAUUAUCAACUGGAUCACAUUCCCAAACCAAUCAUUUCUUAGGGUCAAAGUUGGAGUGAUAGAUCCCACAGCUCUAGCAGGGAAGUUCUUCAAUAUUUCUGUAGAUUCCAUCACAUGGCCAGUAGGCUCUAACAAGGCAUUACCUUUAUCUUUAUGUAAUGAUCCUUGCGAGACAGGACACAGCAAGGCCAAGAAAGAAGGAAAGUUGUUUUGUUGCUAUGAUUGCCAUCUAUGUCCAGACGGGAAAAUAUCAAACGAGAAGGACAUAGAUGACUGCUCUCCAUGUCCAGAAGAUCAAUAUCCAAAUCCCGGGAAAAAUGUGUGCAUUCCAAAGCGGAUCACCUUUUUGUCCUAUGAAGAACCCUUGGGGAUCAGUCUGACUGUUCUUUCUCUUUGCUUUUCUUUAAUGACAGCUUUGGUAAUAACAAUCUUCAUGAAACACAAAGACACUCCCAUCGUCAAAGCCAACAACCGGAAUCUCACUUAUACACUCCUACUUUCUCUUCUCCUCUCUUUCCUUUGUGUCUUUCUAUUUGUUGGGAAGCCCAAUACGAUUGUGUGUCUCUUUCGACAACCAGCUUUUGGCCUCAUCUUUUCUGUGGCGGUUUCUUGUGUCUUAGCCAAAACCUUUGUUGUGGUUCUAGCAUUCAUGGCCACCAAACCCGGUUCCAGAUUGAGGAAAUGGGUUGGGGGAAGGAUGGUCAGUUUCAUUCUUCUAUCCUGCUCCCUUAUUCAAAUAUGUGUUUGUGCUGUGUGGCUGAUAACAUCCCCACCAUAUCCAGAUUUUGAUGCACAUUCAAUACCUGAAGAACUUAUCCUGGAGUGCCAUGAAGACUCAGUCAUGUUCUACUGUGUUUUGGGCUUUAUGGGUUUUCUUGCUCUGCUUAGCUUCUCUGCUGCUUUUCUAGCUAGGAAUUUACCUGACAGUUUCAAUGAAGCCAAAUUCAUCACCUUCAGCAUGUUGGUCUUCUGCAGUGUUUGGUUGUGUUUUAUUCCAACCUAUCUAAGCACACGGGGAAAAUAUACAUUGGCUGUGGAGAUCUUCUCCAUGGUCUCCUCCAGUGCUGGAUUAUUGGUGUGCAUCUUUUCUCCCAAAUGUUUUAUCAUUGUGAUGAGACCUGAGCUUAAUGAUAAACACCAGCUCAUGAAGAGAAAGCUUUAAUAAAUCUUUAUGUUUGCCUGAUAUUCUUUAUAUGUACAUGUUGGGUUACUUCCUCACUUCAACAUUUAAACUAGAGAACAAUGUACAGAGACAGUGAUGCUCUAUGUUGCCCCGUCUUCUGAAGAUUUGGAUAGCUUGGAAGGGUUGAAGUGAUAUGCCUCCAAGAGGUUCAUAUACAAAAAGAAUAUAGAAAAUUAUUAGAAAAUAGAAAAUUAGGAACAUUAUACACAACUUUAGCAGAUAAAAAGAAAGGGGGUAUUGCCAUAUAUGUAAAGGAAAAAAUCAAAUCAAAUCUAAGAUAUGCAGACGACAAAGGUAGAAUUUUGAUGGUGGAAUUAGUGAUAGAACAGAAACAAAUGCUACUUACAGUAAUACAUGUACCCAAUAAAAAUCAACAAGAAUUCUUUACAAAUGUACACAAGAAAUUAGUAGACAUGGACUAUGAAAGGCUUUGUAUGAUUGGGGACUUUAAUUCGGUGGUGGAAGUUGAAAGAGACUAUAAAAGUAAUAAAAAGAAUAAAAAGAAAAGAA